AUGUCGUCCAUCCUCUCAAUGCCCUCUUACCGGGCAGCAACAAGGAAUGGACCCAUAACACGGCCAACAACCGCCGCAACAAGCAUUGCGUCCCAAGAGCUGGUUUGUGCUGUCAGCGAGUCCCGCGGAGUAUCUCCAACAGUCGGUCUGGCCUUUGUCAACCUGUCGACAUCUGAAGCAGUGCUUUGCCAAGUAUGCGACAACAAUUCGUAUGUGAGAACAAUCAACAAAAUAGCAGUGUUUGAGCCAACCGAACUUCUCUUCAUGAAUACACCAAGCGCCAAGCAGACAAAGCUGUUUAGCGUCAUUCAAGUGAAUAUCCCCGACCUCGUUGUCACUUGCGUUGAUCGUCGGUAUUGGUCUGACAGAGCUGGCCAUGAAUAUGUAGACAAACUGGCAUUCCCCGCGGAGUUGGAUUCCAUUCGACCGGCAUUGGAAAGUCACUACUUUGCAGCAUGUUGUCUCGCCGCAGUUCUAAAAUACGUAGAGCUUCAUCUUGACCUGACAUUUGCGCCUCAUACUCUACGUAUUAAGUUUGAAGCUUCCCAAGGCUCCAUGCUGAUCGACCUCUCCACGGUUGCCUCACUAGAAUUAAUCCAGAAUCUCCAAAAUUCAAAAUCCCGAGAUUGCCUUCUUGGAUUACUGAAUGAAACAUUGACGCCAAUGGGUGGUCGCCUCCUCAAGAGCAAUAUCUUGCAGCCACCUACCGAACCUGACAAGAUCAUCGGACGGCACGAUGCUGUCGCAGAACUCAGUAGUAAAGAAGAAGUUUUUUAUGCUACUAGGACAGCACUCAAGGGCUUUGUCGAUGCCGACAAGGUCUUGACUUCGAUCAUUUUAAACCCAGUCAAACUUUCAAUCAAUUAUGUGGAGCAGUCCGUAAACCACGUUAUCAUGCUGAAAUCAUACGUCUAUUCCAUUAGCGCCGUGUAUGAAGCACUCACAGGCACGGAGAGCGCGCUGUUUCUCAAAAUCAGAGAUAUGUGUGCGCCGAGUAUCUACCGUCAAAUCAAAGAAGCCAUAGAUGGAACAAUCAACGAGGAUGUCACAUACCAAAGCCGACCUCUUGAUCUUCGAAACCAGAGAACCUAUGCAAUCAAGACUGGAGUGAAUAGUCUACUCGACGUUGCACGCCAGGCGUAUAAAGAAGCCAACGCAGACGCCACUGAGCUUGUUGCAGCUCUUUCUGAGCAACAUGGACUAGGGUUAAAUCUGAAAUACGACAGUGCACGACAGUACUACAUUAGUCUUUCUGCGUUCGAACUUGACGGGCCCCUAUCUGAAGACUUUGUCAAUGUCGUCCGGAAGAGAGACCGUAUUGAAUGCCAGACAUUGGAUCUCGUGAAACUCAACCAGAGGAUUUCAGACUCGCACCAUGAAGUUAUCAACAUGAGUGACCAAGCUAUACAGAAACUGAUUGAUGAGAUAUGCGGAGAUGUUUCUUUACUAUUCAAGAUUAGUGAAGCAAUAGCGACGCUAGAUAUGAUAGCAGCUUUUGCCCAUCUCGUCACUAUCCAGGAUUAUACGCGGCCAGAAAUCACCGACGUUCUAGCCAUCAAAUCAGGUCGCCAUCCGAUCCACGAGAAAAUCCACAAGGAGAAAUUUAUCCCGAACGAUACUUAUGCCGCUCAGCUUUCACGCUUCCAGAUAGUCACUGGCUGCAACAUGAGCGGCAAGUCAACCUAUAUCCGGUCAAUUGCGCUCAUGGCCAUCAUGGCACAUAUCGGCUGCUUCGUUCCUGCAGAUUACGCAUCGUUUCCCAUAAUACACCAACUGUUUGCACGAGCAGCCACGGUCGAUGAGUUGAAUGCUAGUGUAUCAACAUUUGCGGCAGAAAUGCGCGAAAUGUCUUUUAUCCUCCGCAAUAUAGAUGCACGAAGCCUCGUCAUUGUCGACGAGCUCGGCCGCGGAACAAGUUCAACCGAUGGUCUUGCAAUCGCCAUCGCCAUUGCGGAAGCCCUUGUCGACAGCCACGCUCUCGUAUGGUUUGCAACCCAUUUUCGCGAUCUUGCACGCAUAAUGGCUGAGCGGGCCGGAGUUGUCAAUCUUCGUCUAGCCGUGCAGCUCUCAGAAGCUCAUAGAAUGACAAUGUUGUUCAAAGUCGAAGAAGGCCAUGUACAGGAGAGAUUCUACGGGAUUGCCCUUGCUCGAGUUCUACCAUUCCCUCCUCAGGUUCUGGAAGUCGCACAAACGGUUUCCAAGUAUCUGCACGAGAAUGCAGAACGACGUGCUUCUAGCUCCAAGGCGCUGGCAACAGCUAGAAAGCGGAAACUGGUUCUUCAUUUGAGAGAGCAGUUGCUACAAGCGUAUAAUGGAAGUAUUGACGGCGAGGAACUGCGCUUGUGGCUGCAGAGAUUGCAGGGAGAGUUUGCACUGAAAAUGGCAGCAAUAGAAGCCGACUUUGACGACCCGGGCACGUAUGAUUUGGGGGUUGAUGAGAACGAGGCAGACGAGGACCGAGCGUCUGACGAUAAUUCUUUUGUGCCUGUCGAAGAGCUGGAAAAUGCCCUUGAGGAUGACAUUAUGUAG